AUGACGACGGUGCGUUGGCCGAGAAGUGUGCUGCCACUGGCGGUCGUACUGAUCGCUUGGUCCAUUCCUUCCGCGUUUGGUUGCAAUCGGAAAUGUGAUCGGUUUGAGUACUGUGACGAGAACAGCAAUUUGUGCCGUAACUGUAGUGCGCUUUGCGAGAAGGACGAGUACUCCUGCUUCCACAAGUGCCAAAAUUUUCUGUUCAAGUCUCUCCGACAAAACAUCACGUCCCUGCAGGAGAGUGUUUUGGCCAUGAAAACAAUACUGCUUGUGGUUGGUGCAGUGGCGAUCGUUUUAAUCUGUGCCGGGCUCGUACUGCUGACCAAGAAGCACUUUAGCUCGAUUCGGGAGCUUUGCCGCUGGCGGCCACAAAACAAAAACAAAUCAUCCCCGGUGAGCUAUACGCACGAGAAUCCAAACACGAAAAGUCCCAAAACGGCACCGAAAAAUGGGGCAAACGUGCCAAAGCAAACGUCGACCACGGUUAGCAUCUAUCCGGAAACGGAGGUAGACCAUUCGGUACAGACCGGCACGACUUCGAUCAGCCACCGGUAUCCGGCAGAAGAUUCGACCGAAAGCUAUUCGUACGAUAAUGCGGCCUGCAAUGUGACGCCAACGAGCAACAAUCCGAUGCCUAAGUUUUGA